ACAGUUAAUACUUAUAUGCAGCUCAUACAAAACUAGAGAAGUAUAUUUCAUCAUUAUUGGCACAAUGUUAUCCCAGACGGAGCUCCUCCAUGCAGCCCCCGGAAGGCUCCCAAACAUCGCGCCUGCUCAGAACAAUCAUCUCCGCCACAUUCGCGCUUAUCUGUCAGGUGGGCGUGUUCCGGUGCUGCCAUUGGCCAAUGGCGGUUCCCCUUCCUCUUUCUUUUCAUACGCCCUGCCUCUGAAUAAUGAUAAUAACGACCAAGAUGGCUACUUCAAAAUCUUCUCUGUUGUAGCUAAACACCAGUUCCAUGGAAAUACUCCAAAUUGCGAUUUCUUUAUGUUUAAGACCCUCGUAGGCGGCGGGGCAGAGCCACGGACAAUACUACAUGGAUUACAGCGAGUUGAGAGGCGAAUAAAGUCGCUGUGUUGCCCCGGAGCACUCAUUCCGAAUAAGCUAACUAGCUAGCAGCGCUCGUCGAGACUCCCCGGUUGAGCUCUCCCAGCAGCUGCCGCUCUCCCCCUCCUCCCCACCUCCCCGGUUGACGAGCCCGCCGGAGCGCAGAGCGCCAAAUGGCAGAGCCGAGGAAAGUGCCGUUCGUCACCAUCUCCUCCUUCAGCGCUCCGCCGCCGCCGCAGCAGCAGCAGACCCCGGAGUCCAACAAGAAGCGCCGCCGCGAGGACGAGGCCGCCGACAUCACUUUGGGGAAAGAUGGAGGUGGAGGUGCAGCUGCGGUCGGGUCGGGAGGUUCCGGAGGAGCUCUGUUCGGCAACGCCAAAGGAGGAAGCGACACCGACGGCAGGGAGACGAAGCCCACCGUCCGCCUCAGCCUGACGCUGAGCGAGCCGAACGAGAGGGGCUCCUCCGAGUUCAACUACGGCGAGCUGGUCCAGUCAACUCCUUCUCAGGUAAAGCCUGCAGGUCCCACAGUUCCUAAAGGCCUCGCCCCUCCGCUGGAUCCCAGCGACCCGUUUGCUGAUGAUGAGAAGGAGAGAAGGGAGGUGGAGGAGCUGGCCAGGAAGUUUGAGAGCAAAUAUGUAAGCAGAUUCACUU